GGAAUUUGCUGGGGACCUGACCUCACGGUCCUCACCUGUCCCAUCUCCCCCAACAUAGGUUGUGAGGUGGGUGCUGGCUAGCCCCAACAAUGCCAAAGAAACCUCUGUAUUUUCUGCCCUUCACAAUCAUCUGUCUUAUUCUUCUGAACCUUCGAACCUUAUUCUUCUUUCCUCGAACCUUGUUCUUGUUUCAAUGGUCUUAGGUCUGUGCUUAGUAGCUAUUAACUUCAAUAUUUAGUUCUCUGUUCGUGUGCUUAUACAUUGGAGGAUUUGUAGGUGUAAGUUGUUCUUCGUUGCUUCUUGUCAGCCAGAAAAUUACUCAUUUAUUUAGAUUCGGGUUCCUUUGGGCUGAAUCCGGAUGGUGUUGGAGAAGCUGGGGUAUUCAGUUACUAAAAAGUUGGAAAUUUAAUUGAAGGAUAAACAAGAGUGCCUCUUUUUUAUGGUCAAGUUGAAGCACUCCUUGUUCGUAAAGGUUGGAUCUUGUGGAAAGUCAAUGGUCAUGGGACAAAACAUGUUGUUCAUCUCUUCAGUUAAAUAUUCACAGUACAACUGCUGGCUGGACAUACCAUGCUAUAGCUUUGUUUAAUGUGAAAGUUCUGAUAUUCAACUGGGAUGAGUAGGUUUCUUGUACUUUCAUUGUCAUGUUGUGAAGAUUGGUUUAAGCAGAGGUGAGGUGUAGUUGAGGUUGUGAUAGGGCAAUUUGUGAAAAGUCAUUGAAAAUGUCUGAGAGUUCAACUGAACUUCGGUCACUGGCUUUAACACCAACAUGGUCUGUUGCAUCUGUAUUGACUGUCUUCGUUGUUGUUUCUCUGCUUGUGGAGCGAUCCAUACACCGACUAUGCAAUUGGCUGAAGGAAACUGAUAGAAAACCUCUGCUUGCAGCUGUGGAGAAAAUGAAAGAAGAGUUAAUGCUACUAGGAUUCAUUUCUCUCUUACUUACAGCAACAUCUAGCAUCAUAUCCAAUACUUGCAUCCCAUCGAAAUAUUAUGACAGUGCAUUUGCACCUUGCAAAAAGUCUGACAUUGAAGAAGAAAAGCAAAAUGAUGAUUUCAAGGAGCGGAAACUUUUGAUGGAACUCUUGCUCGAUCAUCCGCAAAGAAGAAUGCUUAAUAGUUUAGAUCGAAACACUUGCCCCGAGAGUCAUGAACCAUUCGUAUCUUAUGAAGGCCUAGAGCAGUUGCACCGUUUCAUCUUUGUCAUGGCCCUUACUCAUAUAUUUUACAGCUGCUUGACAAUGCUACUGGCCAUUAUCAAGGUCCAUACUUGGAGAGUUUGGGAGGAUGAAGCUAAAAUGGACCAACACGGGGCAUUAACUGAUAAUACAAGAGCAAUGACAAUGCGAAGGCAAUCAACUUUUGUUAGAGUCCACAUCUCAAAUCCUUUGUCUAGGAAUAGUGUUCUCAUUUGGGUGACCUGUUUUUUCAGGCAAUUUGGGCAUUCAGUUGUUCGUGCUGAUUACCUUACACUAAGGAAGGGUUUUAUCAUGAACCACAACCUUACGUUGAAGUAUGAUUUUCAUAGCUAUAUGAUUCGAUCCAUGGAAGAAGAGUUCCAAAGAAUUGUUGGUGUCAGUGCACCACUAUGGGGAUUUGUGGUCGCGUUUAUGCUCUUUAAUAUCAAAGGGUCGAAUCUCUAUUUCUGGAUUGCAAUAUUUCCAAUCACUCUUGUUCUACUGAUUGGCACUAAACUUCAACACGUUAUAGCAACCUUGGCAUUGGAGAGUGCAGGAAUAACCAGCUAUUUCCAGGGAACAAACUCCACAAAGCUAAAACCAAGAGAUGAACUUUUUUGGUUUAAGAAGCCAGAGUUACUGCUAUCUUUGAUUCACUUUGUUGUCUUCCAGAAUGCAUUUGAGCUAGCUUCUUUCUUCUGGUUUUGGUGGCAAUUUGGCUAUAACUCAUGCUUUAUAUUUAAUCACACGCUAGUGUACCUACGGCUAAUUAUAGGGUUUGCAAGUCAGUUUUUAUGCAGCUAUAGCACCUUACCCCUCUAUGCGCUGGUUACUCAGAUGGGAACAAACUAUAAGGCAGCCCUUAUCCCACAGAGAAUAAGAGAAACUAUACAUGGUUGGGGAAAGGCAGCUAGGAGAAAAAGAAAGCAUCACACUGUUGAUGAUUCAACAACUGUGCACACAGAUGGCAGCACGGUUUUGUCCGUUGAGGAAGAUUAUAGACAGUUUCCUGAUAGCUCUCAAACAAGCUAUGGAGAUGACACAUUCGCAAUCGAGUUACAGCAUCACACAGUUGGUGAAGCAGAAGGUCGUUCUGUAAAUGCUAAUGAAAACUCAAGUCGUCCUGGUACACCUCUCCUUGUACCCUCUGCUUCUAUGUCUUUCGCAGUUCCACCCAGGUUCCUUCCAGAAGUAGCUCCACGAUCCUUUUCGAUGCCUGUACGAAGAGAACUGGAAAAAGACUGAACACUUGGAAGUUUGGGAACUCAGGUAGAUUACUGUUGAUGCAUUUUUAGGUUGUUUGUGUACCAUAUCCUGUAUGUGUGUGUUGUGUGUGAGAUUUUAAAUGUAUCAGGACGUCAUUGAAUAUAGAAACAUAAAAACCUAUUGAUAUGCAAGAAUAGCACAUAGUCCAUUCUCCAGUAAUGGCUGAUUUUGCACGUUUUAUCCUUAAGUGCUAUUUUUUGCACGUCAUUGAAUAGUGCUAGACAAAUAGUAUUAAAAUGCGAGUUUAGUCAGAUAUAAUCCCGAGUUUAAUCACAAAUCACCAGACAAACCACCAAAUGCAAGAACAAAUAAAAUAGAAACAAUAAUUAGAAAUAAAAUAUUAAUAUUAAAAGUAUAGAAAAGAAGACUUAGCGUAAGAUCGUCCGUUAACCGGACAGGCCUUGAAGAAAGAUGGCCCCCGUAUCUCGAUAGCUACUCGAACGGGACUGGCCAACUCGCUCCCAGAAUAAUCCUACCUCUGUUCCGGUCCUUUAGCUUGCUUGACAGAAACACUUCGACCGUUGCCCGAUUUGCCGUAGACUCAAAAAGUAGAUAUAAGUUUAUGGGAAAUUAUGGAUUACUAAUGCUCUCGUAUGGAAGGCAAGAUAUUACUCACUUGUGAAAAAUGAGUGAAAGAAAGAAGUAAUAUCUAUUCGGGCUCCUCUGUAUUACGUAAGGAAAAAAAUCGAAUAGGAGUAUGUCGUGGCUUUAUUCAUACGAAGGUGUUAUAUUCUGAGAGCAUGCAUGUGGG